AUCCGGUAUAAGGAGUUGUCUAGGGUUUAGUUUAGUUAUAAAUAUUCUAAUUCGUGGUUAUUCAUUUUUCUCUCGGCCGCUCAAUACUCGUUUUCCUCAUCUCUUCAUACUACAAUCAGAUCCGCCAUUUGUUCUUAUUAAAAAUUAAUUCUCACAAUGGCCGUCAUAUUCAAAGAUCUUCACACCGAAUCUGGUCUCAAAUCCCUUGAUGCUCAUCUCGAUGGCAAAUCAUACAUCUCCGGUGAUGAGAUCACCAAGGAUGACAUUAAGGUAUACUCGGCAGUGUUGGAGAAGCCAGCUGAGACUUUCUCGAAUGCGAGCAGGUGGUACCAGAGUGUUUCACAACAGCUUGCCUCAAGUUUCCCUGGCCAAGCUGUCGGUGUGAGGUUCUCCCAGGGAGAAGCUGCUGCUGCUCCUGCAGUGGAAGAAAAGAAGGAAGCACCUGCUGGAGAUGAAGAUGAUGAUGAUUUGGAUCUCUUCGGUGAUGAGACUGAGGAAGAGAAGAAGGCUGCUGAAGAGAGAGAAGCAGCUAAGAAGGCCUCCGGCAAGAAGAAAGAAAGCGGAAAAUCCUCUAUUCUUUUGGAUGUGAAGCCAUGGGACGAUGAGACAGACAUGAAGAAGCUCGAAGAGGCUGUUCGCAGUGUGCAGAUGGAGGGUCUCACAUGGGGAGCAUCUAAAUUGGUCCCUGUUGGUUACGGAAUUAAGAAGAUGACAAUCAUGAUGACCAUUGUCGAUGACCUUGUCUCUGUCGACCAACUCAUCGAAGACCACCUCACCGCUGAGCCAGCCAACGAGUACAUCCAGAGCUGCGACAUUGUCGCCUUCAACAAAAUCUAAGACUACCGAAAGUACUCUAUAUCGCGUUUUCUUAGAUUCUAGUCUGGGAUGUUUUAGUUCGUCUCGAAGAUUUUGUUUUCGUUGUCCAUCUUUUUAGAUGUGUGAGAAUUGAGAACGCUACGAUCCUUUUUCGAAGGGAUUGUUUUGAAGUAUCAUAUUUAUUCAAUUUAAAGAUUUCUGGGUA